AUGAGCAAUGAUCCAAAGACGUCUGAUGUGGGGCGCGAAACGCCUCUUCCACAAUACGAAAAGACGCAAUCGGUGCCGUUCACUCUGAAUCUUCAGGAAGAUACACGCAAUCCUGGUCAAUUCCAGCUCGUCUUCAACCUGGGCCCGAAACAACAAUCGUCGAUCGGUGUGCCUCUGAGUUGUGCACCUAAUGUUGCCGCGUCUACGACUCUACGAGAUGGCUUGAAGUCUAGUGUCGAGAGCUCAGUUCCUCAAAAGACGAGUCCGCCAAGCACUCCUCUCCACGACAGGCAAGGCUGGGCCGAUCUAGACAAUGUACCUACCGAAUUUCUUAAAAGGGUCGUGCCAGACUGGAAUGUGUCGUUUUCUCGUAGCGACUCAACAGCCUCUACUCAAUCCAAACGACUUACGGACAUCAAAGCUAGAAUCAAGAAGAAAGGAAAGGGCUACGUCGUGCGCUUGCUGAAAGGGUCGACAGACUCGAACGAGAUUGCAGAAAUAGAUCUGGGCCAGCAUAUCGCUGCGAAUCAGACAUUUGAGACUCCAGAGCUCGACUCAGCGACUCUGCCUGCGGAGUUGUAUUCGCCACCUACGACUAUUGCAUCAAUCUCCGAUAGUCUUCUGGAUCGCAAUGAUAUCUUCGAGAUCGGUACUUCCAACACAUCAGGCGUUCAACGACCACCACCGUCUGCGGUUCCACAAAGGAGUCAUCUGCCGCAUCAUAGUCUAGCCAGGACUUCGAUCGCGGAGGACGGGUUCAGUGAUGCCGAGACUCUGAUACCAGACAUUCGCUCGAUACACGACCGUAUGGAUGAGGAUCAGACUGAUGUAGAACCGUCAUCUCAUGCCCCAUCGCUGUUUCCCACCCGCUCGGCUUCGGUCUCAAGUAUCGUCAAAACGCCAACACGCGGCCUGUCAGUCGUUGGACCUGUAAGGAAGCGUGUCGAGAAGAAGACACGUCCUCGGGUGAAGAGUCGUGCGACGAACCUGGAUCUCAAGCGAUCAGAUGCUCACAAAUCCGUCAAGCGUCGCGUAGUAUCGACAAAUCAUGCAUUCGAUAGUCAAGUUGUAGAAAAUCUCGUGAACUCGACUACUUUGCGCCAACGCAUCCGUCCGGUAUCUCGAAAGUCGAGUGGAAUUGAUCUAGCGACCGAUGAGUAUGCCACUUGGUCGCAACCGAUGCGGCCUGCGAGCGCAGUCAAGCCACGACAUCUACGACACGUAUCAGCAGACGACCUAAAUGUCCCUGCCAGACCCAAACAUGGUUUACGGUUGGACACCGACCUACCUCAGACCAAGUCAGCUCAUUCAUGCGGUGAGCCAUUGUAUGACGACUUCAUCGAACAGCGACCCAAUGCUGCCCGCCUUCUUGAAGCUUAUCUCAAUCGCCCAAGAGCUCAUACACCAAAUAGCCCUACCAGCCAAAGCAGCACCGCGUCAUCGAUGGCCUCCAUCUUUGACUCGUCGAGCAGAGCGUCCACAUUGACCACGCCGUCGUCGACAUACGGCGGGCCUAACUCUUGGACUAGAGCCAGCGACCCUUCCAAGUAUAGCCCGUCGCGUACCGUCGCCAGCAACCCCUUCAGUGUCCGUAUGCCGUCCUUCGUCCAAGAAUCCUGGCUCCUGACCUGUGCGAACGAAGGCCGCCUGACACCAAAGAUCGUCCAUCUCGAUGUCAACGAAGGGCGCGUGAGAAGCGACAAAGAUCUAGCGCUCGCGCUGCGAGAGCACUAUGACCAGCUCAAUCGGCGGUGGUUCAACUGGGCUCGUCUUCGCGGGCUAACGACCAUCGAGUUUGUUCAAUUCGAAGUCCAUCGCAAUCGCUUCGCUGAUAUUCGAGCGACGCCGUCUAUGCCGCCCAAGUCCGCUGCUUCUUCAGCUUCGACCAGCGAGCCAGAGAAGUCUGCAGCGCCGUCUCAGCAUCCGUACACCUUCGAGCCCAACGACCUCCUGCCGCCUGUUGGUAGCACGUAUCUCCUCCAUUUAUUCAAACACCCACAGGACUAUGAGGGCGAGCUGAUUACGUAUCUUCGCAGUCCAAAGCGGAGGCAGCGGUUGGAGUUCGGUAUGGGCUGGGGCGUUCAUCUCGUGGAGGGGUUCCUUGCGCAGCGCGUGUGGGCAGUGACGAUGGGUGUUUGCGGCUUGGGUAGUGCGGUGUUCGCGAUCCUGUGGACGGUCAGGAAGGGCGACGUACAGGGUGCCUUUGGGGUUGCGCAGUGGGUGUUGGGUAUUGCUGUUUUGCUGGUUGGCGGUCUGCAGGCGUGGUUGGAGUAG